AUGGAUAAGGCAGAAGGCUCUAAUGCAGAGAUGAAGCCAAACUUAGUUCAAGGGUUGGAUAUUCUAACAGAUUAAAAUGCAGAUUUAAAAGAUAAGCAUUAGGAAAAUGAAAGAAGUAAUAAUUAAAAUUUAACAUAAGAUUAACAUGAAAGUAUUUAGUAGCCUAAUAGUACAAGCAUAAAAAAUGCAUAAGUCCAAGAAAAGGAAACUAGCUAACAUUAAAAAAAAUAAGCCAUGAAUAGAAUGAGAAAUAGCAUCAAAGAAACACUAUUUAAAGGAAUAACGAAAAAAAUAAAUCCUGAAGGAAGUAGCUAAAGUAUUGCUCCUCAAAAUAGUGGAAGUCAAAAUAAUGUUUAAUAAUUGUUUUCACAAUCUGGUAUAUUAGGAAAAGGGUCAAAUUUUAAUGAAUAGGAUUAAUAAAUUCAGAAUUAGGCAUAAAAGCUAGUUAAUGAUGAAAAUUAGAUUCCAUAGGAAGAUGAAGAUUUAUUUAAGCUAUAAACUGUUUUAACUAAUUCAGUUAAAAUCGAACAGUGUCCACGAAUUGAGUUUAACUUUACAGGAAGCAAUAACUCUAACAAAGUUCGCAUGAAUGAUCCCAUCAUAAAUAAAAUAUUCGAAGAGCAAAAACCAUAAAAAGAUUCAUCAAUUAUAAAUUAGACUAGGAUUUUUGAGGAAAAUUAUGAGCUAAUAGGUGAAAAGCUUGGAGAAGGUUCUCAGGGUGAUGUUAGAAAAUGCAUUCAUAAAAAGAGUCAAUAAGUUUAUGCAGUAAAAAUGAUUAGAAACGGAGAUACUGAAAUUAUUCUUUCUGCUAUUACUUCUUUUAAAAUAGCAAAAAAUUUAAAUCAUCCAUCAAUUAUAAAACCUUAUGAACUUUUUAUCAACUAAGAGACUGAAAAAAUUUAUUACGUUAUGGAGUAUUGUGAAUAUGGUUCACUUUAGGAUUACAUAGAGAAUUUGUGGAGUCUUUCACCUCAUAAGAGAGAUCAUCGCAGUAUGAGUAAAAUGAAAACAACAAGCACUGAUAAUUUAGAAGAUGAGUCUAACUCUUUAGAUAGCCAGAAGAAUUUAAAUUUUGAGGGUGCUUCAAAUAAAGCUACUAAAAAAAAGGAUAGAAAAAAAAAAUAGAAAAAAAGGAGGCAAGAAGAUAAUUAAGCAAAGGAGGAUGAUCACCUUAUAAAGCUUUAUUAAUAGCUAGGAUCAAGUGACAAUUUAAAAUAACAGUAAAAUGAGAUAGUGAAUAAUAACUUAAAUGCAUAAGAUGAAGACGAUACGAAAAUUGAUUCUCAAAAAAAGAUAGAAGGCAGUGAAGAAAAAAGUGUUAGGAAUAAAUCACAAAAAAGAAAAGUUUAAUUUAACUCUUCUUAUCAAAGUAAAAUCGACCAUGAUCUAAUUAAAAGGAUUUUAAAAGAAAUUAUUACUGCUGUAGAAUAUUUACAUAGUGAGGGAAUAUGUCAUCGUGAUUUGAAGCCAGAUAAUAUUUUAAUUAGCAAUGAUUUGCAAAACAUCAAAAUUAUUGACUUUGAGAUAAGCAAAAGAUUCAAAUAUUUUAGAUAAAACAAGACAGGAGUUUUAAAGGUCUGUGAAAUGUGGACUCGUACAGGCACUCUUGAUUUUUAGAGCCCAGAAAUGUUUGAAUCGGCUGGAUAUACUGAAGCUGUAGAUAUUUGGGCUAUUGGUGUAAUUGCUUACUACUUGCUAACUGGACGCUUGCCUUUUGAUUAGGAAUAUAUUAGUGAUAAGAUAGAAUUCAUACGUAAUGCUCAGUAUAACCAGGAUUAUAUUAAAGAUUUGGAUGAUAUCUCUAAAGAUUUUAUUAGGAGAAUGCUUAGAAAAGAUCCUGCUGAACGUCUAACUGCUUCUGAAGCUCUUUCACAUCCUUGGUUCUUAGUUUGCAGCAAUAAUGAUGUUAGGAAUAGAAAUGAAUUGAAUUUAAAUAUGAAUAAAUCAACUGUUUUAAAUUUAUUCCAUUCACCUUAAGAUAGUGAUAAAGGCUGUACAAUAGACUCUAAGAAAUACAUGGAGUUAAGUUUGAUAAAAGCUAAUUAAUCAACUGUUCUUGUAAAAAAGGAUAGUAAUGGUAGCGAUUCAAACUACCCAAAUUAACUCACUUUUGCUUUUACAAAUAAAAUGUAAUCAUAAAAAUAUAACAACUCAAAUAACUACAGUUUGAGAAUCAAAAAUCACCAUAACAAAAUAUAAUUAAGCAAUCGAUUUGAAGGUAGUGCUGACAAUUUGUAAAUGAAAAAUGAAGAUUCUCCAGUAAUAAGUGAAAGUUCAAAGCAUAUAGUAGAGAAGAAAAGGAAUAGCAGACCACAUAAUACUUAAAUAGAAAGUCCUACUAAAAGCAGAAAUAAUCAGAAUGGUGAUCAAUAUUUUAAGUAAUCUGGUUUCUUUGGCGAGUCUGUCUAAAAAUGUUUUGGAGAUAAUAGCUGCAAAGUAUAUAAAAGCAAUAUCUAAGGGAGCAAUAUAAAUGUUUCCUAAUUUAGAGAAGACAUUUUUAAUAUAAAAGAAGUUUAAUGCGGUGAAAAUAGCUGCACAAAUAUUCCAAAAAAUUAGAUGAAUACUGAAAGCGAAUAUGAAGAUGAAAGUGAAAAAGAUGAUUCUCUCCUUAGAAAAAAGAAAGAAUAUAAGAUGAAACUUCAAUAAUUUAAACAAUUAAUGACUACUGGGAUGUAAGACUUACCAACAAAUUUUAUUCAUAUAAACUAGAAAUAGUAAAAAACUCCCCAAACUUCGUAGUUACGUUUACGUUUGCUUUAUGAAAAAAGCCGCAUUCCUUCAGAAAAAGCUGUUUUCUUGAAGAAUGAGCAUUAGCAACAGUAGUAGUAGUAAUAGCAGCAACUUUAGUAUUAGAUUGAAACAAAUAAAUAGCCUCAGUCAGUUCUAUAAAAUAGCUAGCAUUAAAUCAUAUCAACUUAGUAAAAUACUUUAGGAAGCAAUAUGAGUGUAUUUAAUUCAACAUAAAACUAUAAUUCAAACACAAAUAGCCAAGUAAGUGGAGGCCAUAGCAGUAAUUUAUGUUCACCAAUUUAAUACACAGAUAAUAUAGUGAAUGCAAAUCCAAGUACAAAUCUUUUACAAUUCCAACUAAAUCCUACCAAUUUAAGCAAUAACAACAAUAAUAGCAAUAACAAUUCUACUUUUGCUAAUAAGAAUGAAGCUCAAGUUAAUUUACCAUCAUAGAGCAGCAUCAAUAACACUUCAAAUAUUUUUUCUGGAGCUUAAUUACAGGAAGGGAUAAAAUCUAUAUAGUUGUAACAACAUUAAUCAAAUUAAUCAGCUGUAUCAGCUGGAGCUGCUAAUCCAGUGAUUCAACAUUUUAUAGACAAUUCUGAGAUAGAAGUUUAAGGUUUACGCUCAAGAUCAAAUACAAAUGACGUAGCUGAGAAAGUUGAAUCAGAGGAAUAAAUUGACACUCGUGCUAAGAGAAUGAGUGAAGAUUUUACUUCCUCAUGCAUUGUCUAAAAUCCUGAAAGAUAAUAAGCACAACCAGUGUAAAACUAUUAUAACUUGAACUCUUCAUAGAAAAACGGAAAUUUUUUUGAGGCAAAAGUACAAAAAUCUUCACAUUUUAGUAAUAAUUAAUACACGCUAGCAAGCAACAUUAAUAGUGAAAAUUUGAUUCCUUCGUAAGGAGUAUUUAGCAACGAUCAUUCAAAAUAAUUCUCUAUAUAGGAGUAAUUAUAAAUGAAAUCUACAAAAUAUGUUAAAUAAUUUUUACUCUCUACAGGAAAUAUGCAGGAAUAGCCAUCUUCUUAGUAACAAAUUCAAAGCAAAGAAAGCGUAGGUAACUUAGAGACAAGCAUAAAUCCUAUUUUCAAAAAAAUAGAAAGUGAUGAUGACACUCCUUAAAACGAAUAAGCUGUAAAAAAAGGUACAUCGCUCAAUUCUUCAAAUCUUUGGUAAUUCUAAAAUGGAUUAAAUAGAUCGAAUUCUGACAUCUGCAGUAUCGCCAGCGAUUUCCAUAUUAACCAUAAUGAUAUUUUAUAAAAAGAUAAUGUUAAAAUCGAUCAUACUUAAUUGGGCGAUAUUAUCCAAUCUUCUUCAGAAGAAUCCUUUUAAAUUGAUGAUAAUGAAGAUUUCUAAAAUGUGUAAAAAACUGUUUAAGUUUAGCCACAUUGA